AUGGAGAAGAAAGCGGUGAGGGAUGAUGAUACAAGCUUGGGGGAUGACUUGAAUCGGAAGAAGGUUUUGGAAGAAACUUGGAUGACUGCUGAGGGGGAUGAAUCCGCAAAAAGUUUGCCGGGAAGGUCUAGUUUUAUAGGCGUGGCUGUGGAGGAUCCGGUCGGCCAUAAGGCCCAUCAGCCUCUCUAUUUCGUUUCGGGCCGGCCUGAGCGCUGGUGAGGCGGGGUUGAGUGUGAGCGCCGGUCAGUCUGAUUCGCAAUAGCACCCAUUCCUGACCAGCUCGGCUAGGCCAUUCCAUGCUCGGUAUU